UGAGCUGAAGGCAGACGCUCAACCGCUGUGCCACCCAGGCGCCCCUGUAGACGUUCUUAUGUUAAGGAAGGUGCCAUGUUCUUAUCUUUCUAAUCCUUGACACUUUUGCCUCUCUUUCCACCUUAGGUACCUCUGUGGAGACUUUGCAUGUGUGAGGAAGACAUGUCUUGGCUUGCGUACUUCUUGGAAAUUUAUGUGACCUUUGAGUUCUCUUUUAGGAGGUUGGACUGAGAGCUCCUCUCGUUGCCAUGCCAGUCUUCCCCUGGCUUUGCUGAGGUGUAUAAAGGUUAAAUGAGGUUAUGGCUGUGAAGUACCUAGCCCAGGGCAUGAACCUUCCACAGCUCCUAGCCGUUCAGAUCUGUUCUCUUUCCCCUCCAGCGUGGGCAUCUUAUAUGACCAACUCCCCAACUCUCAUCGUUAUGAUUGGCUUGCCAGCCCGGGGCAAAACCUACGUGUCCAAGAAACUCACACGCUACCUCAACUGGAUUGGGGUGCCCACAAAAGUGUUUAAUCUUGGGGUAUAUCGGCGUGAAGCAGUCAAGUCCUAUAAGUCCUACGACUUCUUCCGGCACGACAAUGAGGAGGCCAUGAAGAUCCGCAAACAGUGUGCUCUGGUGGCGCUGGAAGAUGUGAAGGCGUAUCUUACUGAGGAGAGCGGGCAGAUCGCGGUGUUUGAUGCCACCAAUACCACUAGGGAGAGGAGGGACAUGAUUUUGAACUUUGCCAAGGAGAAUUCCUUCAAGGUAUUCUUUGUGGAAUCUGUCUGUGAUGAUCCUGAUGUCAUUGCUGCCAACAUCCUGGAGGUAAAGGUGUCGAGCCCUGACUACCCUGAAAGAAACAGGGAGAAUGUGAUGGAGGACUUCCUAAAGAGAAUUGAGUGCUACAAAGUCACCUAUCGACCCCUUGACCCAGACAACUAUGACAAGGACCUUUCUUUCAUCAAGGUGAUAAAUGUGGGCCAGCGAUUCUUAGUGAACAGAGUCCAGGACUACAUCCAGAGCAAGAUAGUCUACUACCUCAUGAACAUCCACGUGCAGCCUCGCACCAUUUACCUUUGCCGACAUGGAGAGAGCGAAUUCAACCUCUCGGGGAAGAUCGGGGGUGACUCUGGCCUCUCAGUGCGGGGAAAACAGUUUGCCCAGGCUCUAAGGAAGUUUCUGGAGGAACAGGAGAUAGCAGACCUCAAAGUGUGGACGAGCCAGCUAAAGAGGACUAUCCAGACCGCUGAAUCCCUGGGUGUGACCUAUGAGCAGUGGAAGAUUCUGAAUGAGAUCGAUGCUGGCGUGUGUGAGGAGAUGACCUACGCACAGAUUGAGAAGCAGUACCCGGAUGAGUUCGCGCUUCGAGAUCAAGAGAAAUACCUGUAUCGGUACCCUGGUGGGGAGUCGUACCAGGACCUGGUGCAGCGGCUGGAGCCCGUCAUCAUGGAGCUGGAGCGUCAGGGCAACGUCCUCGUCAUCUCCCACCAGGCUGUCAUGCGCUGCCUGCUGGCCUACUUCUUGGAUAAGGGCGCAGAUGAGCUGCCAUACUUGAGGUGCCCCCUCCAUACCAUCUUCAAACUUACUCCUGUGGCCUACGGAUGCAAAGUGGAAACAAUUAAACUCAAUGUGGAGGCUGUGAACACUCACCGUGACAAGCCAACCAACAACUUCCCCAAGAACCAAACCCCUGUAAGGAUGAGAAGGAACAGCUUUACGCCUCUGUCCAGUUCGAAUACAAUAAGGCGUCCAAGAAAUUACAGUGUUGGGAGCCGGCCCCUCAAGCCCCUCAGCCCUCUCCGUGCCCUGGACACGCAAGAAGGGGCCGACCAGCCGAAGACCCAAGCUAGAAUUAGGAAUACCACGCAUCUGUGAUCCCAGGCUGAAUGGACGAGUGUUUCCUGUGAGGAUCUGAGUGUUCCUCUCUGCCAUCCACAAAUGGAUCUGCAGGGGCACCGGCAUUCUCAGAAACUUGACAUAACUUUGGAAAUCUAUCUGAUGGUUUUUCUGUGAGUAGGAGGUCUAGGUUCUGGAGAAACUCAUUGAUGCUUUGGGUAGCCAAAGGACAGGGGGAAGAAUGUCUAAUGAUUGAGAGAACUAUAUCUGGGUUAUACAGUCUUAUGGACAUUCCAUUGUUUUUGCUGAGUUCAGAAGCCAUGGUGUGUGUGUUUUCAAGAAAUUUGGUCAAUUUACCCAGCUUUUCUAGCACGUAUUUUGACUUGGUCAUGUUUUAAAAUAUUUUAAUUUAAAAAAUAUCUAACAAUUGAGCCAGGUUGAGACAUUGGCAGGAUGGAUCUCUGACUUCCCAGAGAGGUGAUACAGUCACCAGAAGUAUGUCCAGGGGUUUACUUUGGAUGCCUAAUGUCCAGAAGACUGUAUCUAGUGGUAUCCAUGUGCUUACGGACUGGCAGACCCUGGUAGAGUCUGUAUGCUGACUGCCUGACUGGCAGACUCCAGUAGGGUCUUGUAAUCUGACAGUCUGUUUUCGGAUUGUACCAGUUAGUAGGAUAUGCAUAUGAUUGUAAUUCUGUGCCUGUUGCAUGUAUCCUACAAAGAAAGGCAGUAAACACGUUACCUUUGUUCUUCAGGGGCAAGUUCUAUACACUCUGAUUUUUAAUAGACAUUCCUUUUAGAGUAGCAGCCAAAUUCUCAUCAUUUUGUAGAAAACGAAGGUUGAACAUCACUUGUGUGUGAUAUUUUGUAAACUCAGUGAAGGAAAUACCUCCUCAAAGCCUGAGAUUGUUGCCUCUUCCUGCAUUCAUUCCAUCCACUCUCCCACUUCUAGGCAGGAGUUCCCUUUACCACCUGCUUCUGAACCUUCUGUGUCCUCAGCUUCCCUGUCACAGGCUAUAGCAGUGGGUAAUGCUGCCGUUUGCAGUCUGCCGUGUGUUUGGCUUUUAUUCAUAAGCUAAUCAAUAAAAAUGCAAAGAAAAUGUUGCAUUUAAAGAUUGAUCUUAAGAGUUGGCAAAGGUAUUCUUUCCAGUCAGCCUUUCACUGGGGAUCUAGGACCAAUAUUUACCAACUCAGUGUUUUUGUAUCUGAAUUGCUUAUGUACAUUUUUUUUUGUGUGUUGAAAUAACAAAAUCCACUCGUUCUGAUAUGGUAAUGGUUUUACUGUGGCAAAAGCAAAGGACUCAUCACCAGCUGUGCCCCUUGGAGGGGGUUGGAAAUGGUUGAAGGGAAUGGACUGAAUUGGGAACUCACGUACUAGAGUUAUCCUGCGGAUUUCCUAGGCACAGCUCUGGUGAAAAAGGAAUGUGAGUCCUCACCAGCAUUCUGAUUUAAUCUGGUGACAUUGAUAUCAAAAUAUGCCACUCAGAUCCACAUAAGGUGUGUAUAACUAUAUUUGAAAUGUGUUUUCAUGUGUGUUUGUGUGUGUAUGUGUGUUUGUGUGUGUGUAGAAUGGGUAAAUAAAAUUGUUGAAUAACUUGAACCUAUUAGAAGGUUUCUGGGUUUUUUGUUUUAUAUUUUGGGUUGUGUUCUCCACCCACUCCUCCACCUCUGAAACUGUCUCCUGCUGCUCCAUGAUUAGCCUCAGAGGAGCCAAAGCCAGUUGGCAGCGUGACCGGAGUCCUUGGUGUGGGCAUGGCUCUCUUCCACCACCUUCUGGGAAAGAUGGGAAGGACAUUAUGGAAGGCCCGUGAACUUCAGUAGAAGUUGUGUGUACUUUUUGGCGCCUCUACAAGAAUUAAGAAAAAAUUACCUUUGCCUGUACUGUACUGUGACUCCUGUUAGCCACAUGUGACUCAUUAUGGUAAAGAAAAAAAUGUGGAGAUCUCUUAGAAUUUAGUGGGCUGUUCCUUCUAAAACAUGACCUGCCUGUCUCAAAGAGCUUACAGUCAACAGAAUGAAAUGACAUUUAACUUCUGGGACAGGAAAUACAGGUGGAACUGUGUCACCGCCUUAUGCCUCAUUCCUCGUCAGCCUAGCAAGGAGCAGGAGCUCAUUAGACGCGCAGACGCUGGGGCCCUGUCACACGCCCACUGAAUCAGAAUCUUCAUCUUAAUAGGAUUGCCAAGUGAUUCAGAUGCACAUUUAACACUUGAGAAACACUGCUCUAGGGGGAAGAAUUCCUCACAAAACAUUCAAUCCCACUUUAUGGGAAGAAGCUGGUUUAUCCUCAGACGGAUUUCAGAACGGACUGGGAUAGCCACAACUGUAGAGACCCACCUCAGCAGCCAAGUAGCCUCUGACUGUGGUGCCAUUUUGUCAGCAUGGUCUUUUGGUUGAUAGUAGCCUACGUGCUCUCCUUUUACCACAGGAUUUCCUGCAGCUCCUACCUCCUAUCUUGGGUAUAUAGCUUUAUAGUCUAGGUCUGGAAGAAGUGCCUAGUCCAACAUGGUUACAAAGGUUGGUUUCUCAAGGAAAGAAGCCCAUGGCUAUACUGUUGGAGUUUGGUAAAGGGUAAUGGGGUGUGUGCCAGCACAACAGAGGGUUUAUGCAUGUGUGCGGAGCUGGGGCUAUGGGCUGUGGGGGAGCAGUGGAAGGGUGGGGGAUGGGUACUGCAUUACUUUUAUUUGUCUUUUGGCGGUGGUAUAAUAGCUUUGUCUCUCUUCCUGUCUGGCUCGUAGGCAGAGACCGGGUUGGCUGUGGCCAGGCACUCUUCUUUGGCGUCCCUCACACCACUUUGCUGAUGAUGUGAAGGCUGAGGCCAGACCUCUCCAAGAUCUACUACAGAGCUUGGGCUGGCAGCUCCACAGCAGCUCCAUCAGGAGGUUAAGCUGGGAUCGGACAUUUGGGGCCACCAAAACGAGGCCUGGAAAAGCAUUACAUUUCUUCCCCUCAUGCCUAAUGGGAAUAUCUGUUACACGGGAAAACUUAACUUCCCUGUGCCUCAAAACAUCUAACAGUCUGAACUAAUCAGUUUGUAUUAUCUCUUUGCUGGGUAUGACCCCAGUUGGCCAGUCUUGUUCUGUUUCGGCCUUUAACUUCCUACCUGUGAUUGUAUCCCUGGCUGCCUAUUCUUUUCUGAAAUGCAAACGCAUCCUCUUCAGAUUUGCUUCCACGUGAGAGGGCUGCGCGGCGGCAAGCCUGUUUUGUGCUCUAAGAGCUGGUCUCUGCAUCCAUUCCGGCCAAGCAGGCUAGAGGACAAUACACACGUUAGCCAUCCCUUUUUGUCAUGUUGGAAACAAAGAGACAAAUUCACCAGGUGUGUGGAGGGUAUCUGAGAAAUGCAAUUCCUGAAAUGUCUCUUCUGCGGUGAUGGAAGAGCAGUGUCAGCCACCUUUUCACGUAGAGAAGUUUUUCCUUGUUCCAGGCCCUGGAAGGGCAGGAUCUGACUUUGAGACUCCCCAGAAUGGGUACCCGUGUUCAAAGUACCCUUUUUCUAAGUAGCUGCUGUAUUUCCUACCUGAUGCUCCGUCCCCUCACAGCGGCAGAAGGAUAUGUUCUCUAGUGGUUGGGAGUGACGGCUGGAGAGAAAAGUAGGGUGCCAUUGACAUUACCUGAAGAGGUAAAGAGGGUUCCUUGGGGAUCAGCUCUACCAGGGAGUUCUUGCUUCAAACCAGGUGCAGGGGAACAUGACUUUCUGUGUGGUCUGUCACUAUGAUGUGGUCUCUACGAAAGCUGUGGCUGUGCCUUCGAGAACUCCUACCUCUUAGCUAAUGGUCACAAUGGGGGUCUCCUGGUCUCUUAUGUAGAACACUAGGGGAUACCUGAGUCCUUGAGGCGUCUGUCAUUUGGCUUCUUGUAAAGCUAAGCCAGGUAAUUCUCUAGAUCAAUGUGAUUCUUUGUCAAUGUGAUUUUAAUAUGUCACUACUCCAGAGGAGGGUGUGGAAGCUCCAAAGGAUAGGUAUCUUACAAGCAAAAUUCUUUUUCUUUUUUUUUUUUUUUGGUUAAGUAAGUUUUUUAGCUUUUUAAAUAAUGUUUCCCUUUGAUGCAGAUACCCCCUUGCUGGGCAAGAGGGCGAGUAACAAGAAAAGUAAUGAAAUGCAGCUUUUCCCAAAUGGUUCUUUUAUACUGUGGACGAUACAGGGCUCUGUUACCUAAGAUGUGAUGAGCUGGGCUGCGGGCAGCUCAGCAUCCAGCAGCCAGGAGCUUAUUUUAUACGCACAAAGCUGCCUUCAGAAAGGUUCCUGACUGCUCCAUAGCAGGGGAUUUUCAUCUGGCCACUCGUAGCGUGCGGUACUGUACUGACUUUGUUCUUGUGCUGCGGGCUUCUGCAGCUAAACGCAAUGUCUGUUGAUGAUGAGAUGAUGUUUUUAUUUAGUUAUUUAUUCAUCCAUGGGAGAUAUUUUUAAGUCCCAUAUUAGCGUUUGCAUGUGUUUGAGCAGAAUGUAAGAUAAUUGAUGUCUGUUUUUUGGUAGAAAUUUAGGUAGUUUGAGAUUUUAAGUGUGAUGUCCAUAGUAUCACUUUAAAUUCAAUUUCCAAGAUCUAGGUAUCUGUCUCCUGUAAAAGGAUGAUAACUAUAUUAAGGCACAGUGGAUUUCUUUUGAGUACUUGUUUUUCUCAUUGAUUUUUAUCAUAAGUAUCAACCAAGAGAUGCAUUUCUCUGGAGGGAAGUUUAUCUCCUGGAUAAAUAAAAUCAUGCUAGAAUAUGUCAGUGAUAUGUAUUGCUUUGU